CUUUGUGGGUAUGCGCAACCAUAUGGGAGUCAUAAUCGUCAUCAUCAACGUACAGCUGCGAAGAAGAAAAGACAGAAUGGCGGUCGCUGCUGCACCUUGCGAACAACCAGGCAUUGAACCUUGCUUCGGCUGCGUCCAAGCUGCCCGGGAAGUGUUACCGACGGACGGCCACUGCGGAUGCCGUUCGCACUACGUGCCCGGGCAGGGCUUAGUCGUCGCGUAUCGCUGCGCUUACCACGCCGGCCAGCAGGAGGACGGCGCCGAGGAAUGGCAGGGCUGCGACGAUCCUAACGAGCAGCCCCACGUGGGAUUCGACGUUGACGAGUACCAUCCGGGCCUCGAUGGCCGGCAUUGGGACGUGGGCGACUCGAACGAAAAGACCCGCAAGGAAUUCGACAGGCGCAGGGCCACCGCGGCGGCCAAGGACCCGUGUGCCAAGGAAGCCAACGAGUGGAUGUUGACGAGCGAGCGCUCCAUGCUGCCGGCGUACGUGGUGCUGUUCACGCUCAUCAGCUGCAUGCUGAUCGCCGUCGCUGUGGUCAACAUACUUUCCAGCGAUGAAGAGGACGUCAGCACUACGUCGAUCCCCGGAGUACCGUUCCUAACGCGGCCGAAAGGGCGCGUUCCGGUCGUUGAAUUCACAACCACGAUUGACAACAGCUCGUACAGCACGGACGUAUACUAG